UGACAGUCCAAAUAAAAAGCGGGCAUUGAUACCUUACUUAUUAUUAUGUAUGUUAGCUCUGUCAAUGGUUGAACAUUUGGGGAAAACACUCCGGUAUUUGCAGGAGUUAUAAAAGCUUGGAAAAGGUAGUGCUGGACGAUAAUUAUCAAAGAUGGAUACACCAGGAAAAACACUUGAAAUGCUCAACGAGUUCGUUGAUACACGAUAUUCCACCAAGGAAAAUUUUGAUCUUGGUACCCUUCUGCUUGAUAUUACAAACUCUGCUGCCACCAAUUUGGUUACAGAAAAGGGGAAAGAAAUUCAUUCGUCGAUUUUGGAAACAGUGAAGAAAAUUAUAAGUAGCGGAGACAGUCCAUACUGUGACCAGUGUACGACACAAAAUGCAAGUCCUUGUGGAAAUGGCAAUGCCUGGUGCAGAUUUAGACCGCACAUGUGUCAGUACCAUGAUUUUACGGAUCCUGCUAAAGAAAGUCGACAAUGUCCUAAAGGAAUUUGCACGCAGAUAGCAGAAGAAAUCAUAAAUUUACACCGGUUCGGAAAACCAUCUUUCAAGAACACAGAUGCUCGCAAAUGGUGUGUUGAUCCGGAGGAGAUUCUGAAAUGUUUUACUAAAGAUGCAUAUACGGCCAGAGAUUUAAGUGCAAACAUGAACAUAAUGGAGAACUGCAUGGUCUUCUGUGGAAAAGAUUCAUGUGAACAGGUCCGCGAGAAAAGGAAUAAUAUGUUUCAUCUGUCGAAAUUGCGUACAACAAACCAAGAAUUGCGAGAGAUGGCCGAUGUUUUCCUGAAUUUUGCUGAUACCAAUAUGUCAAAGGAGGAUGCAACAGAGAUGCGCCAGACUAUUGAAAGGAAACUUCGGUCCAAUGGGUUUAUCGAUAAAAAGCUUGAUGAGAUCGUUGGAAACAUGAUGGCAAUCGCCAAGGCAGGGGGAAUUGGCUGCCUCUUACAUGCAUUUUUUUCUUGGAUAAACGACAAAGGCAUGGAACACAAUGAGCAACCGAGUGAAACGACCGACACUUCAUCCAGUCUUUUAACAUCAUACACGACAGAAAUUCAGUCAGCGAUCGCGGAACAUGUUUAUGGAAUCACAUCUGAAACCGAAUCAAAAGCAGCUGAUCCUAAAUUGACAGAGCCGACCCUCUGCGGACCAGCGGAGACAGUCGAAAUUCUUCUGGUCCAUGGCAAAAAUGCAUCUACAGGAAGGGCCUUCGAAAUUUCAACUGCAAAUUCGACCAUACAAGAUAUUGUAACUGAAUUUAUUCAACCGACAGCUCGAUCAAUUACGAUGUCGAUGACCGAAAGUGAAAUUUACAAGCGAGGUAUGUCUACAACAUCUUCCGGAAGUUGGACAGCACAACUUCUUCGAUUUCCGAGAUUUCCAGGGUCUUAGAAAAAUGUACAAUGAUUGCAGCACAAUGUCCAGCAGGCAGUUAAUACUUAAUCAAAUUAUUUGAAACCUGAUAUCUUGUAUUUAUAUUGGUUAUUCACUGUAAAAUGUUAUGUAGUAUAUUUAACUUUACACUUUGAAAGCCAAUGCGAAUAUCUUCUACUUGUACAUAAUUUUUAUAGCAUCGUUUUUUUAGUAACAAAAUACGGAGUGUGAUUUUAGUUUACUUCACGCGCAUUUUUUUAAGUAAGAGGACGUUUUGUUUACUUCGUUAUAGAGGGCAUGUCCGUGUAGUAAGCGUGUGUAAUUAAAUACAGUAGCAUAGCAUCAUAAUUUUAUGUUGUUAUAUUUAUUGUCUUAAGUUAAUAAUGUAGGACAAAAGAAGUUUUCAAACACGCCAAAAAACACGAUCUCAAUUAAUUUAUUGACAUCGUUGUUAACAGACAUGCGAUGAAAACGUUACUUGUGAAAAUAAACACACUUUAAGUCAAACAUAUCUCAUGAGAAACAUUUUAUAACAAAAAUAUACACCCGUUCUAUUUGCUUUCAUUUACAACUUGUGUUAUUAUUGUCUUUAAUUUAAAAUAAGUCAGUGGGAGGAAUGUUAUUGUAGCAGUAGUGUAUAUUUAUACCCAAGAACUGUUCGUAUUAUUGUGUUGUAGGCUUAAACUACUAAAACCGACUUAAAUUUAAGACCUUGAAAACUUAUUUCUCGGCUCUGUAUGUUUCAUUAGAAAUAAAUACUAAUUCAACACGUAUGAUAGUUAAGCAUGUUUGAUAAGUAAGCAUGUGAGCAUUUUGUUUUUUCCUUAACUUGAAAGAAAGAAAAAUAAAAGUUUACUAGCUUACUAAACCUACACGAACAUAUAGUAUAUGUAACGAGUCGUCAUAUACUAGUACACAAUUUCAAAACUUCAGGAAAUAUGUAAGUAAGCGACCGUCCGACGAGCGUACUGACACAUUCCUUGCACGAGUUGAGUAACAGUGCGUAUUACAUGAUGACUUGUGCCAAAUACUGUUUAUCACAUGUUUUUUCCAUUGAAAAAGCAAAACCUAUCUACCUGUUUCACCUGCUCUAGCCUUAUACCAUACAGCAAUGCCAGUUUUCCGCUCUACAUGCAUUGAUGAAAUGUAGUUCCUGAAAUAAUUUACAUCCACAGGUACAUCGUUUUAAAUAUGUUUAUAAGUUGAAUGCGUAUUUAGUUUGUAUCCAGUAAGAAUAACAACCAAACAUUAUAGUAUUAUACUUUUUAACAAAAAAAGCUUUCCUUUUUCCAGAAAUAUGACGUCAUUAUUUGGUAAAUGUUCAUGACGUAUUCUCCUGUUUUAGCACAACUGAAAGCCUUUGAUAAUGUAAUAAAAAUAAAUGUCUUUUACAAAAUCAGGACGAAAACCACGUUUUCUUUUAAGAUUUGGAUUGAAAAUGCACUAUUGUAUUUUAAAUAUAUCUUUAUCAUAAAUGCAAAGUGAGAAAUAAACGAUAUGACUCGACUGGAAUAAUGCCAAUUAAGCAAUUAUGUUUGCCAAUUAACCUGUAAUGUAAACAUUCGGAGUAAUUUUUUUCUGACCAGCAGAACAAAACCAAUGUUAAGUUUCACAUGUGUUAUACAAAAAUACGUGAUGGCUUUAUUAAAAUGGAAACAAAGUACAGCAUAUGAUGAAAUAUAUUAUAUGUAUUCACGUGUAUAAAAUCAUUGUGUAAGUUACAUUGUAUGAACUUUCAAUAUUGUUUGUACGUUGUACUGUAAAAUGAAGCUGCACUGAUCAUUUUAGAAUAAAAAAAACCCUAUGUAUAUCAAUAUAAUUAAAUUGUUUGAUUUUCAUACAAAGGCCACUAAUCCAAAAAAAAAAAAAUUUACAAAAUGAAUAAAUUUAUGAUACAUAUACAGUGCAGUUCAUUUUAUUGCUCGAAUUGUGGAUAAUCCUUAUCAAAACUUCUAUCUUUGGAAUAAAAAUAUUUUCAUCUA